GACUAAGUCGAAUUGCUGCUUGCUGCUGCUACGACACACGAGUCUCGGAACCCCAGGUGCCGUUGAUAGCGUGAUCUAUCUAUCUCAGUCUAGCCAGGUCUCUCUAAUCUGUCCAAAUUGAGAGAGAAAAUGACAUGAGGGGACCAAAAUUCGACUCAUGCGACUUCCUCUCAAAAGCUCGUCUCUCCGCAGAUAAACCCGCCCGUCCGUCCGCACCCCCCAAAAAGUUGCUUCCAUCUUGGAACAACUUGAAAUCUAAGCACCGAGCGAUUCCCGUGUUUCAGCCGGACCAUGGGAGCCCCUGUGCGACCGUGAACAAUGCCAUCACAACAAGAUGGAAGGAAGACAAGGCAGAGCCAGAUCCACCUGUCAAGUGUUGUCAAGUGUCAGAAAUACAUCACCACCACCACUACCUUGGGGGAGGCGCGUCUAUGAGGGGAAGCCCGGCUCCACCACCUCCUCACUCUGGAACGGCGCAUCGCCUUUCCGGCCACAUCACGCGAUGGAACCCUCGUUGGCCCCAACUUUUGAGGGGUAGGAAAAUACUACCAGUUGUUGGGAAAUGCGCGCCUAUCAUCGGGCGGGCGAACGGCCUCCCAAUUUCCAAAAAGCUUUUUUUGUUGGCCAAGGUACCAACUAUGCGCAUAUACACACUGACUGGUUGAAUGGCUUCGCGGGUUAGGCCUGUCAAAUAUUGUCGCGAUCGUCAGUGUCUCAGAGGAGAUGGUUACUUUAUUGUUGUUGGCCUUGUUGCCUUUCGUCUAAU